UCCUCUCGAACGCCCGCGUGGCUGUCGGGUUUUGAACCCCAGCGCCGACCCUCGCCCUUGGCACACGCAGCUGAGUCGCUGGCGCAGCCUUUGCCCCCGCAUCAAUCAUUAACGGGCCAGCUUGGGCUGCUGCCGCCGGAGGAGGGGGAUGGAACCGCUCCUUAGAAGCUCAGGUCUUCUCUUGAACCUGCAGCGGCGCCCCGGCGCGUGCACAAAGGCUCCGACGGCGGCCGGCGGGGACUGCGGAGCGCGGGAGCCGGCGCCAGAGGUCGCCUGUUCGCGGGAGCCCUCGCCAGAGGUCGCCGGUUCUCGUCCCAGCCAAGCCCGGGGCACCAUGUUGCGGCGCCUGCAGCCCCGGAGCGCGGGCACAAAGGGCCCGCCGGCCACGACCGAGGCGGCUUUGGAGGCCUCCUCGCGCCCCCACGCCUCCGCCCCCGGGGACUCUCCGGCCUCCGCCAAACCGCUGCUGCGCUGGGAUGAGGUGCCCGAUGACUUCGUGGAGUGCUUCAUACUGUCCGGCUACCGGCGGCUGCCCUGCACCGUGCAGGAGUGCCUCGCCUCCGUGCUGAAGCCCACCAACGAGACGCUCAACUUCUGGACGCACUUCAUCCCCCUUCUGCUGUUCCUGAGCAAGUUCUGCCGCCUGUUCUUCCUGAGCGGCCGGGAUGUGCCCUUCCACCACCCGUGGCUGCUGCCGCUGUGGUGCUACGCGUCCGGCGUGCUGCUGACCUUCGCCAUGAGCUGCACGGCGCACGUGUUCAGCUGCCUGUCGCUGCGCCUGCGCGCCGCCUUCUUCUACUUGGACUACGCGUCCAUCAGCUACUAUGGCUUCGGCAGCACGGUGGCCUACUACUACUACCUGCUGCCCGGCCUCAGCUUGCUGGAUGCCAGAGUGAUGACCCCUUACGUGCAGCAGCGCCUGGGCUGGCACGUGGACUGCACGCGCCUCAUCGCCGCCUACCGCGCGCUCGUGCUGCCUGUGGCCUUCGUGCUGGCGGUGGCCUGCACCGUGGCUUGUUGCAAGAGCCGCACCGACUGGUGCUCUUACCCGUUCGCGUUGCGCACCUUUGUCUUCGUCAUGCCGCUCAGCAUGGCCUGCCCCAUCAUGCUGGAGAGCUGGCUCUUUGAUCUGCGUGGCGAGAACCCCACGCUCUUCGUGCACUUCUACCGCCGCUACUUCUGGCUGGUGGUGGCCGCCUUCUUCAAUGUGAGCAAGAUCCCCGAGCGCAUCCAGCCUGGCCUCUUCGACAUCAUCGGCCACAGCCACCAGCUCUUCCACAUCUUCACUUUCCUCAGCAUCUACGACCAGGUGUACUACGUGGAGGAGGGCCUGCGCCAAUUUCUCAAGGCGCCACCUGCCGCUCCCACCUUUUCGGGCACCGUGGGCUACAUGCUGCUGCUGGUCGUCUGCCUGGGGCUGGUCAUCAAGAAGUUCCUAAACAGCUCUGAAUUCUGCAGUAAAUAGUGAGCCUCUGCCUUGCAGGAGGCUGCUGGUUUGCCCACCUGUUUGUACUUUCUGUUGUUACUAUGUUGGUUUGUUUUCCAGUUUUGUUGUGUUUCCUUCUUUGCUCAAGGAGGGUGCUGCAGAGCCACAGGGGGAAAGCCCAGUAGGACAUGAGGGGUCCAGUGCACGUGGGGCUUUGGAAGAUGGAAGUGGGUCAAGCAGGGUCAAGCCACUGGUUUUCGCUGGUAGACAAAGUUUAGGUGGUAUUUGUGACAUCCCGGGAUUUUUCAAAGGCAGCGAAUAAAAUCCCCAAUAAAACCCCAGACAGUUGAUUUUCCAAUCACCUUCUGUGCCAGCAGUAAUAACAAGUAGCCCUUGUGAGGUCAGGUAUGCCUUAAAGAGAGUAAGUAGACAAAAUCCCUGGGUACUUCCAUUUCAGUCUGCGGAAUGCUUGGAUUUGUCAAAAGAAUGGAGCUUUGUAGGAAAUGGGCACAAAGGCAUAAGCCCAGGGCUUAACCUACCAGAAAAUGCAUGGAAUGUGAACACAAGUUAAUCAUUCAAAAUGUUUCUCAGAUGUUAUUUAAAUAGUAAUAUAUACAAUGAUUUUCAUAAUUUUCACAAGCCUGUGAUAUGCACUGAAUUUUAUUGUCCUGUAGUUUUGAAUUUUGCAGCCUUCUGCAUUGCAUACACUUGAACUGGACAUCAGGGCAAGCUGCUUGAGAGUUCUCAACCACUUUCUUAAACAGUGUUUCCUGAAGGCCUGUGUGCCAUGACACGAAUGUGAAUUAUUCUGCUUUAGGGACUCUGGUUAGACUACUGGAGAGGAGCUCAGUGGUCUGUGUAGAUCCCAGAUACCCAUUUACUUGCAGAGGUGGGGAACGUCCAGCCUGGACCAUAUAAGGCCCUCAAAAUCAAUACCAGCUAACAUCACACGCCUCACCAAAUUAGCCUGACCAAAUAUAGCAGG